CCGCGGGUGCGGAAGUCAGCAAGGGUUUGAACUGCCUGGUUUUGUGACGCUAAUCCUGAGGGACUCGCACAGUUUGUUUUAAGGACUUAUAUUCAUUUUAACUGUCUAUGGACGAUUCAUCCGGAUCUCUGAUGUUUUAUCACAAACGCCCUAUUAAACAUUUCACAUUCACUGGGAUCACAUCUUCAAGACUGGAAGUUAAUGGGGUAAAUUUACAUUAUCAACGCACUGGAUGGGGAAAACAUGCAGUUCUGCUACUUCCUGGUGUCUUAGGAAGCGGUCAGACAGACUUUGCCCCUCAGCUUACAUAUCUGAAUAAGGAGCUUUUCACUAUUGUGGCAUGGGAUCCUCGGGGGUAUGGUCGUUCAAUCCCACCUAAUCGAGAUUUUCCUCCAGGCUUUCAUGAAAGAGAUGCAAAAGAUGCUGUAGAUCUAAUGAAGGCACUCAAAUUUGAGAGAUUCUCUCUGCUAGGAUGGAGCGAUGGUGGCAUAACUGCACUUACUGCAGCAGGAACAUACCCAUCACAUAUCCAUAAGCUUGUUGCCUGGGGGGCUAACGCAUAUGUUACCGAUGAAGAUGUAAAAUUUUAUGAAGCUGUGAGAGAUGUAUCAAACUGGAGUGAGAACAUGAGAAAGCCCUUGGAGAAUCUGUAUGGAAAGAAGUAUUUAGCAAAGACUUUUUCAAAAAGGGUUGACGCAGUCUAUCAAUUCACCAGUCGUCCGGAUGGUAAUAUUUGUCGACAUCUGCUUCCCUUGAUUAAGUGUCCAACUUUGAUAAUACAUGGGGAUAAGGAUGUAAUGACCCCGCCGGUUCACCCACAGUUUUUACACAAGCAAAUCAAAGGCUCAAGGUUGCAUCUUAUUCCAGAUGGGAAUCACAAUCUUCAUUUGCGCUUUCCGGAAGAAUUUAACAAAUUGGUAGAACAUUUCCUAUGUCAAUCUGAAAAAAAAUCUAUAAAUUAAAGAAACAUAAUACUCAAUUGUUGUCUCUGUUCCACAGUGCUUUUUUAAAAUAAUAGAUGUCUAUGUGCUGGUUAAAGUCAGCUUUUUCUACGUGCAUUGUCCCUAUCAACCAAUGAGCCCCAGUAAAACCUACACAGUCAUGCACUUUCUGUUGUUACAUUAAAUUUAACAGUGUUUGCCAUCUUUUCAUGUGAAACAUAUUUUAAAUUGUUCAAUGGUCUUUUCUUUCACAUAAGAAAAAAAAUAAAUUGUCUUUUUCUGAAGGCAACGUAUUGUAUUCUAAUUUAUAUUUUUCAAGUUCUCCUUUUAUGGAAAAUUUAAAUUUCAGAGUAAAAUCAGAUCACUAAAUUAUAUAUUCUAAUUUUGUUUCCAAAGGUAAUACUAAGAGCUGUUUUAUAUGUAGUCGACCAAUUUUACUAGAAUGUGUCGAUUUGUCAUUGUAAUACUUUAAUACUGUAGAAUGUUUCUCAACUCCAAUGUAUUUUCUUUGCCUAAAAUGUAUUGAAAAGUCUUCUAUUUAGUUUUCAAAUAAAGACAAAUAAUUUCAGGUGCUUUAAA